AUGGCAUCUUUCAACAAAUUAAAAAACUUACUAAUGCUGGCAUUUGACUGGAUUCUGUACAGUGCUGGUGCUACAGAUACCUGCCAAGUCACUGUAACACAACCCAGAUUUCAGGAAGCUGACUACUCCAUGCACACUGUGUUCCUAACAUGUGCUUUCUCUGCCUCUGGAUGCUCCCCAUUCACACCUCAAGUUCUAUGGUUUCGCUUUUUAACUAAUGGACAUGAGGAUUUGUGUACUCCUGAAUGCAUAGAUCAUCAGAAGUACAAAGUACAUUCACAUUCAGAAAAAAACAUUUCACUUCAGAUCAACAAUCUGACUGUAGAUGACAGUGCUGUUUAUAUCUGUGGAAUAGCAUUUUCAGAUUCAAGUUCACCCCGUUCUAAACAAACAGGGCAUGGAACUGUACUAACGAAAACAGAGAAGCAGCACAGCAGUCGAAAACUCAUCUUCAUUAUCAUCGCCUCAUCCUUACUGUUUCUAUACAGCACUGCUGUAUUCGCCCUCUUUGCAGUCUACAAGUUAAAACCAAAGCUGCUAACGAAAAGUGGGAAUAAAGACCAACGAACAGAGAACUGCAAAAUCACUAGUGGACGAAAAAUUUUUCAAGCAAUUGCCCAAGAACUUCAAAAGCAGAGGUUCACUGAACAUUGCCGACAGCGUGAUGAUUUGGAAGAUGACACUGUUUAUCAGAACAGAUGA